CGCGACACCGUCCCGUCCCAAACCGAAACUCAGUCGGGUGUGAUGGAGGAAGAGGGAGCUGGAUUCAGGCUAAGCAAGAGAUUCUCCGAUAAAGGAGGUGAAGUAGACUACAAAACCAAAGCUGGCACUGCGUGGUCUCACAAUUUCCUUAACCAGAAGCCAUGGCACCCUCUCUCUUACCCAAACCAACGUCGCAAGUGGAUUGCGGAACAGACUCAUGCCCAGCGAGAACAACGUGCUAACGAAAUUGCCCGCGAGUAUGCUCAAGAACAGGAGUUUUUUCGUCAGACUGCUCUUGUCUCCAAGAAAGAGAAAGAGAAGAUGGAGAUGAUGAAAGCUGUUAGCUUUAUGUAUGUGCGACCGCCUGGUUACAAUCCGGAAAGUGCAAAAGCUGCAGAGAUUGCUGACGAAGCACAAAAGCAGGGGCAGGGGCAUGGCGGCACUUCUCAAGACACAUCUGCAGCAGGGGUCUCCACUUCUGGGAGACCUGAAGUGCCACCUGUUCAGGAGAAAAAGAAACCAAGGCCAAAGGAUGUUUUUGGCCGUCUUUUGCCAACAGAAGAAGAAUUUGAAGUGCUUAAAAAUGCUCCAAGGUAUGUGUUGUUUUCCUUCAGGAUUGAUAACCAAGUUACGGAAUUAUAUUUGACAUCAACUUUUCAGUUUUAAGCUAUUUGAAUUUGA